CGGCGCAGAAGCGUCGGAUCCGGCGCUAACACCCCAUCACCAAUGCGGCCGCCGCGCGCGCUUCCGCUGCCGCACUUCACUCUCCCGCCGCUUGCCGGCGAGGACCUCGCCUUCGUCACCGCCCUCCGCUCCCACCUCUCCUCCUCCCCGGAGCUCGCGCCCUCCUCCCUGUCCCGCUUCCUACCCCAACUCAACCCCCUCCGCCUCUCACACCUCCUCCUCUCCCCGCCCCGGGUGGCUCACGACCUCCUCGGCUCCCUCCUCUCCUCGCCGCCGCCCCCGCUCCCAUUCGCCCUCCUCCUCCACGCCAUCACCCCGCGCCGCUCCUCCGAGCUCCUCGCCUCACUGCUCCCCUCCGUCUCGCACCACGCCUUCCCGGAGCUCCUCCACCACCUCAUCUUAACCGCUCGCCUCGCCGCCGGGAGCCGCGGCACCGGCGCCGCAGUGCCCGCCGUCGACGUUCUCUUCUCUGCUUGCGCGCGCCGAAACAAGCUCUCUCAGGCCACGCUCACCUUCCGCGCCAUGCGUGCGCAUGGCCUGCUCCCGCGGGUCGAGUCCUGCAACGUCUUCAUCUCCGCGGCGCUCCGCCUGAAGCGCCCCGAGAUCGCCGUGUCCUUCUUCCGGGAGAUGCGCCGGUGCUGUAUCUCGCCCAACAUGUACACGGCCAACAUGGUGUUGCGGGCCUUCUGUGCCUUGGGGCGGGUCGCCGACGCGGCCACGGUGCUCGAUGAAAUGGCGGAUUGGGGGGUUGAUAGGACGGUGGUCAGCUUCAACACGCUGAUCGCUGCUUAUUGCAGGGAGCAUGGUGGUCUGGAACAUGCGCUGGAGCUGAAGAAGAAGAUGGAGCUGGAGGGGCUAGCGCCCAGUGAGGUGACCUAUAACACGAUCCUCCAUGUGCUGUGCAAGGAGGGGAGGAUGCAGCAAGCGAAUCGUUUGUUGAGCGAAAUGAAGGUGAAGAGGGUUGUGCCGAACACAGUGACAUACAAUACUUUGAUUUAUGGGUAUGUCAUGCAUGGUGAUAAUGGAACAGCGCGGAGGGUUCAUGAAGGGAUGGUUAAGAAUGGAGUCGAGCUUGAUAUCAUAACUUACAAUGCGCUCAUUCUUGGUCUUUGCCGGGAUGGGAAGAUAAAAAAAGCCGUGCAUUUGUUUCAGCAGCUUGACAGGUCCAAGCUUGAACCGAAUGCUUCAACUUUCUCAGCGUUGAUUCUUGGAUACUGUAUGACGCAGAAUUCAGAGCGAGCACUGCAACUGUUGAAGGUGAUGAAAAAAUCCGGCUUCCAUCCGAAUUACGACACAUAUAAGAUUGUUAUAUCUGCUUUCUGCAAGAAUAAGGAUUUUGAAGGAGCAGUGGAUGUGAUGAAGGAGCUUCUCGAGAUGUGCAUGGCUCCUGACAAGGUCUUAUUGCAUGAAUUCUUUGAAGCUCUCUCAAAGGCUAAAAAGCUCCACCUAGCAGAAGAUCUGUGGUCAGCUGAUAAAGGUGGAAAGUUUAUUCCAUCUAUCUACUAUACUGGUGAUUACAGGAACAACGGCGAAGAGAAAACUGCAUGUUAACACGCAGUGACCUCAAUGGAGCCUCAUUAGAAUGUAUGAUUGGUUUGUCUGGAGAACAAUAGAACUUAAAUCCUUCUGCUUGUACAAAUGUGGAAUUUGUGUUGGCACAUGCCUAUGAGCGGAUCUGUUUGGUUAAAUGAAGACAACCUGACAAUUAUUCUUGCCUGUA